GUUGCUUGGAAUGUUCCUCUCACCGCGCCUGUAUGUGUGUGUGUGUGUGAGUGUGUGAGAGCGCUUUUGAGCCCCGGAGCCGGCAGGAGGACGUGCUGUGCUCGAAUUGACAUCCACUCCAUUCCCGCUGAAGAAUAACUAGUCAACGGCGUGGUGUGAUCCCCUCGAGAUUGCCCCGUCCUGAUACAUUACGGGAGCAAGAAUUUCAGGCCAGCCAUGCUCUUGUCACGGUAUACCCUUUUCUGGACGUUGUCCGCCGCGCUGAGCGGAUACGCCAGUGCCGCUGGAGAAGUAUUGAAACGACAGGAUUCAGUCGGAUUGUCUGCUACGACCGAAUUACCAUCUACUACGGCCACCGCUGAUGCCUCCGUGUCUGCGCUCACUUCAGAGGCAGUAGAGACCUCAACCGCUACGGUACCACCCCCCACGCAGGACGCUUCUCCUCCAGAGCCCACGGAUAGCGACGUGGAGGCAUGCCAUGCCGACGAAGGCAGCCCAGGCUACCCGUUCUGCAAGCCGCAUGUCGGCCAGGAGCUCUAUGUUGACGAUGUUCCACAUCCAGUAACAUGGGACGUCGAUGCAUUCGGAAUCAAUUCCACCGUCAUCAUCACCCUCGAAUUCGUAAACGUCUCGGAAAGCGAGAGCAAACUGGCCUACACCUCCGAGCCCAGACCCAACAAGAUCGGCUUCGUAGAUAUCAAGAUGGACAAGUCCUGGCUCCGAGACAAGCCGCGCAACAACCUGACCCUGCACCUUAUCAACUUCGUCGCGAACAACGAAGAGCACCGCACCGUGAAGAUCGGACCCACAUUCUCCUUGACCAAGAAGCCGGUCCAGCACUACCCGCCGCCUCCGCCGUCCAAGCCCAAUAAGCUGGGCCUGAUGGUCGGCCUGCCCGUCGCCCUGGUUGUCGUCUUCUUCAUCGCCUGCGGCCUGUGCAUCGGUAUGCGCAAACACCGUCGUAUCGGGCUGGGUAGCAUCAUGGGCCGUCGAAGCAAGGGCUACGGGGGAGCGAAGUCGAGAAUAGAGAGGCUAGGAGGACGCGGUAGACGUCGAGAUCGAUCCGUCCGGCUCGACGACCUGGAAGAUGUGGAUCGGUACACUGAUGACCCGCAGGGAAGGGCUGAGAUGGACCGGUUCAACGAUAUGGAGAGGAAUCAGGGGAAUGCGUUCAAGACCGAUCUUGCACGGAUGAAGACCUGGAGAUAAGGGGGUUAAUUUAUAUUUUUCCCUAGAGAGGGCCCUACUCCUACUCCAAUUCCUGCUUGGAUGAAGGCUCUUCAUGCCGUGGUGUUUCCUUUGGUAAGAUGGCCGGCCUGUUGGGUUACUGUGGCUUCUUUUUUCCGUCACAUUUAGGAAUAACAGAGGGGUCUUCAUGCCCCAUGACUACCCUCUGGUAUUGGUAGUUUGGUGGAUGCUGCCAUUACAUGCGGGAAACAUUCUUCUCAAUUGUAUGAUAUUAGCUAUUAUGGAUUUAUUGUACACUUCUUUUGCGGGAACAUGUAUAUACUAUGGGGGAAGUAAAAAAAAUGAUAUGAUGGGUCGGGGUCGGGGUCAGUUGGG